CGCCUCCCUACAUCGAUAUCAUAUCACAAAAGAAAAAUAAAUAAAUAAAAAAAAUAGAAUGCUUUGUGCUGGAAAUCAGCGUUGAUUCACUGCGGGAAAUCCAAACAGACGACAGGGAAAACACAGCGGAACCGCAGUGGAGCGCCAUGGAGGAGCGCCAGGACUACGAUCUUGAGGACUAUGACCUGAACUUUGUGCAGCUAAGUCGCCAGCAGGUCUUGCAGCGAUAUUCGGGUGCAGUGCAUCAGUUGCGCCGCCUGGCGGAUCAGCGAUAUGCGGUGCGCUCCCUGAGCUUCGACAACUAUGUGCUGUUUCAGUAUUUCCGGCAGCGCAAUUGGCAGACGGGCGUCACGCCCACCGCCCCCCUGAUGGCUUAUCUUAAACUGGAGGUACUGCAUCAUCUGCUGGACCGGCGUCGCCAGAUCCUCUGCUGGCUCUUCUACCUAACGCUGGUGUCGCUCUGCGUGGCCGCCUACCGUUACGAGACGACCAGCUCCACCAAUGGCCAACAGGAGCGCGUGGUCCAAUCCAUGAUCUAUCCCGGUAUGCGCAUGUGGCGCCGGAUGACCAUGCCGCUGAUCCAACGAUUCCCACAGUUGACCGAGCUCUACGACGAGUCGUGCUUGAUGGGCAAUCCGUUCUAUCAGCUGGAGGAUCUCAGUUGUGGGCCGUGCGCCGAUGUGGAGAGCGUUUGGUUGGAGGGCGAGGAGUGCGGUGGUGGUCUCCCAGCGGAGGACGAUCAGAGCCAGCGGUGCCAUCAGCCAGAGGGCUCGCCCAUAGCUUUUCGCAGCAAUCAGCUGGAGGCCAUUGAUUUGAGCCACUUCUACAACAUCUAUGCCAACAAUCAUCAGAUCUUCCAGCGCGAUGCGUACCGUGUGCUCUCCACCAACCAGGAUGUGCACAAUCUGGAGGAUCUCUUCGGGCAGUUCAACAGCAGCUGGACCCAGCAGGCCCACAAUCUGUGGCGCUGCAAUCGCAUGCUGCCCGCUAGACUUUUGCGUCCCAUUUUUGCCCGGCCAGCUCGUUUGCCCAGCAUGGGCGUGGCCCUGGAACGUUAUGUGGCCAUCGAUACUGCCCAGGCGCCGGCCUACACCUUGCCGGAGACGGAGUGCCCCAAUGUGUACGUCCACCAGGCGGUGGGCACGCGGUUCAUCAUCCUGCGGCCCACCAGUGAGUGCCGGCACCGCUGUCGCACCCUGUCCCUGCGACUUACCCAGUCCUUUGUGCUCAGUUACAAUUGGUUGUACUGGAAACCGAUCUCUGCGCCGGAUCCCAUCUCGGAAUCGCUGUCCAUCAGCCUCAUCGGCUCCUACUGCUAGAGGAUACCGCUUCAGAUCCCGAUACUGAUCUUAAUCCCACUUCCCUCGCUCCUAGCUUUAAGCGCCAUACACAACCACGACUUUUACCAAGCCAAAAUUAAUUUACGAAUUUUGCCGCUCCAUUGGAUAAGCAAGCAAAAGAAAAACAGAAAGGCACGAAGGAAGCUAGAAGCUGACUUCGUUUUUGAAUUCCUAGAUCCUAGACCGUAAGGCCCAAUUCGUCGCCCUGUGUAAUCCUCAAGCCCUAGAUCGUAAGCCUAAGUUUAGUUUAACAGUUAACAAGCUCCUGGCCGCCGCGCUUCAUCCUUGUGUUCGUCGUUCUAACCAUUUUGCAUUUAAAACUUUCGGCUCUAAGUUCUGUUUACACCAACUAGCGUAGUCAACGAAAGCGAUUUUGUAAAUAUCCAUUGCCAGACUUGAGUUUGACUUUGUGUUUUUGCAAGAACUCACGAAAUAAAAGAUACCUAAUAUGUG